AUGAUCGACGAACCGUCUCCUCAUAGUCAGCGUUACAGUGUCGAAUUAGCGGAUAUGAUGAGUAAUAUGUUCGGUAUGCGGCAGGUUGAAGAGGUGGAUGCUGAUGAGUUGAAGGAAAGACGCCAAAAACUGCUGUCGUGGCUACGAGCGAAUCAUGUGGAUGUCAAGGAAUGUGAUGAUGGUUCGUUGCUGAUUUUCGGAGCCGCUCGUAUUCAGUCGCCAUUCACCGAAGACAGUUGCUAUUGUGAUAAUACUAUCGUACUGAAACGAUUACGUGCUUUGGUUGGCAAAGUGCCAAAAUGA